AUGCCGACAGCGGCCGCGGCCUAUCCAGCGCCAGCACGGCCGCCUGGCGGCAAGCGCCUUGGCGUCGCGCUGGCGACAGUGGCGUAUGUACUGGCCGGCAUCCCCGUGUGGUGGCGGCUGACCAGCCUGCACCGACCCCCGCUGCCCCUCGACGCCAUGCACGGCGCGGCGGCGGCGCUCAGUGCCGAGCUGCCCGUCACCGUUGAGGCAUACCUCGUCCUGCCUGGGGGGCCUGCGUCGGCGACGGUCACGGCGGAGCAACUGCUGGCGGCGCUCGAGGCGGAGGUUUCCCGCCAGCUCGGCGCGGGCGUCGCCGGUCAAGAGGGCGCCCGGCUUGUCGCCACUGUGGACGGCCCCGGCGGCUGCGCCAGCGCCAGCUCAGCGGCGGGGGGAGGCGAGCCUGGGGCUCAACACGCCCUCAACGCGCAAGCCUGCCUGGCGCUGCACUCUGCGAGCGGCGACACAAGGUGGUGGGGGCGGGGCCUGAGCGAGCAGCUGCCCCCAGACGAGGCUGACUACCGCUUAAAAGCGGCGCUGCGAGGCGGCGGCGCCGGUGAGGAGGCCGCGCCCAGCGCGCCGCGGGGGCGUCGGGGCCGGGCGGGGUGGUACGCGGUGGUCCUGCUGCCGGCCGAACGCGGGGACGGGGCGCCGGAGGAGGGCGGUCAGGGGGAAGAAGCCGGCGGGCAGCUGCUCAUCGGGGCGCCCUGGGUCGGGCGGUACCGCCACGGCUGGGCGCUGUACGACGCGCGCGCCGCAGCGGACGCGCCCGAGCAACUGGCGGCGCGGCUGGGCGCCGCGGCCGCGCGCGCCGCCGCCCCUUGGCUACGCGCCGCGGCCCCCGGCGCCGCCGGCGCCGGGACGCUGCCGCUGUCGUCUGCGGGGGCAGCGGUGCUGUCUUUCAGCCUGCUAAACGCUGACCCCACGCGCCGGCGGGUCGGUUGGGACUUUGAUGCCUUCGAGGCGCGGUACGUGGCGCCCGUGCUGCGCACGCUGGGGCCCCUGGCCGCGCUGAGCGUGGAGAGCCAGGUCCUCCACUUCACGCCCACCAAGGCGGCCUCGAAAUGGAGCCCCACCCAUUCAGCCUGGGUCAUAACAGCAGAAGAGCUCCCGUUUUUCGUAGACAGCGAGUGGGCGCUCGAGAGCGGGCGCGCAGGCGCGCCGCAAUCGCAGGCGCAGCCGCAGGCCCUGCCGCCGGCUGGCGCGACGCGCGGGGACGCGGCGGGGGCCGUCGCCGGCGCGGCGGCGCUGCUGGCGCCGCACGUGCUGCACAUCCUCGUCUACGUCCCGCCCUCGCACCGCGCGCCGCUGCUGCUGCUCGGGCCGGGCGGCGCCCCGAGCCCCACCAACAGCUACUGCAUACCCGCCUGGGGCGGCGUGGCGAUAGUCAACCCGGCGCCGCCCGGGCCGGCGGCGGGCGGCGCGGGGCGCGUGGAGGAUGGCGCGGCAGCGGAGCAGCUGCUGGGCUCGGAGGCGCUCGAGCGCGUGGCGGGGGUGUUUGCGGCGCAGCUGCGGGUGCUGUUUGGCCUGGGAGAGCUCCCAGGCGGCGGCGGCGGCGCCGCCACCGCGGGUCCAGGCGGCGGCGAGCCCGGCGGCGCGCCGCGCCACGUCGCGGCGGCGCGCGGCGCGUUUGCGGCGUGGGAGGUGGACGCGCUG